AUGGAAAUGACUAUGCUUAAGGAAAAUCUCUAUAUGUCUUCAGAGGAUUCAAGGGACGACACAGUUAAAGUUAGUCUUCUCACGUUUUAUUAUACACAAUUAGUUAGAUUUCAUGUUGCAAGAAGACCCACUCGAUCAUUUUUAUUUUCAGAUAUACCAGAAUUAUAUCGUCGCUCCUUCAAAGCUAAUAGAGCGAACCGCAAGCACUCAACCCAUAACUCAGCCUCCCUAAUGCAAGCUCUAUCUGAUCCAUUCAAACGGACAAGCUUGGAUGACUUAAAACUUGUUUUAAAUAGUCUAGAUGAUCAAGGAUGGAAAUUGAAAAACAAAUUAUGUAAAAUCUAAUCAGACAGUGAUGAAGAAUAUGAAAUUGUUAGAAAAAACUUUUUAUAUUUAUUUGCAAUGCACCGACCUCAAGACGGCGCAAGACUACACAAUGGAACUCAUGAAGUGCAUAAACUAAAUGUUAAACAAUUUUUCCUUGACUGCUCAAUUUCUUCAUUGCGAAUGUUAGAUGUAGCUAUGUGCAAUAUACAAAACCUUUCAUGAGUAAAUCUAUAUGAUUUCACUAAAUGUGUUGAAGAAUUUCAAAAAUUUAUAUACAGAUUUCCUAAAAUUUUCUAUUAAAUUUUCAAGUGUAAUUUAUUUUGCAUUUAAUAAAAAACAGAUUAUUAGAAUAUUCAACAAUUUUAGCUCAAGACCCAGUUUUUAGAGCCAAUAUUACAAUGCAGCUGCUUUUGUGUAAUUAUAAAUUAGUCUUCUUUCGCUUUGUAGAUGUACGUAGGAGAAACUUACUAGACAAGUCAGAGCUUGAUAUAGUACUUAGCAUGGCUUCCAAGAAAAAACGUGAAAAACAAAACUUCACUGACCUUGUAAAUUUUACCUUCUCAAAAGUAGAAGAAUUUACUGGAGAGCCAAAAUUCGAAAUCUCGUUUGAAGAAUUCGAACAAGCCUUACAUAGCUCCGAAUAA